AUGUCACCCGCUCAAAUUGGUUUUGAGAAACGACCUGCUCAACACUGGAAUGUGGAUUAUGCUCGAUCAUGGUUUGCACGUAUUCUUCUGCAGUCAACGCGUACGACCGCCAGACGCAAUGGACAGAAACGAGCAUGCUGCCAGGAGCCCGACUGCACAACACGGCCAUCGUUCGGCGAAUACGGGAGCAAGAAGGCUGAGUUCUGCUCAAAGCACUCCAAGCCGGCCAUGGUUAACGUCGUCGACAAGAAGUGCUGCCACCCAGAGUGCCUUAAGUACCCGUCAUAUGGCACAGACGGGAGCAAGAAGGCGGAAUUCUGUGCCAAACACGCCAAGCCGGCCAUGGUUAACGUCGUCGACAAGAAGUGCUGCCACCCAGAGUGCCUUAAGUACCCGUCAUAUGGCACAGACGGGAGCAAGAAGGCGGAAUUCUGUGCCAAACACGCCAAGCCGGCCAUGGUUAACGUCGUCGACAAGAAGUGCUGCCACCCAGAGUGCCUUAAGUACCCGUCAUAUGGCACAGACGGGAGCAAGAAGGCGGAAUUCUGUGCCAAACACGCCAAGCCGGCCAUGGUUAACGUCGUCGACAAGAAGUGCUGCCACCCAGAGUGCCUUAAGUACCCGUCAUAUGGCACAGACGGGAGCAAGAAGGCGGAAUUCUGUGCCAAACACGCCAAGCCGGCCAUGGUUAACGUCGUCGACAAGAAGUGCUGCCACCCAGAGUGCCUUAAGUACCCGUCAUAUGGCACAGACGGGAGCAAGAAGGCGGAAUUCUGUGCCAAACACGCCAAGCCGGCCAUGGUUAACGUCUUCGCUAAGAGGUGUGGCUACCCAGGGUGCGUCACGUAUCCAUCAUACGGAACAGUCGGCGGCAAGAAGGCGGAGUUCUGCGCGAAGCACGCCAAGGAAGACAUGGUUAGCGUUCACGGAUACAAGAAAUGCGGCCAUUCAGGGUGCAUCAAGCAGGCAUUAUUCGGUAUGGCCGACAGCAAGAAGCCGGAGUUCUGUUUGCAGCACGCCAAGGCGGAUAUGGUGAACCUCGUUCGCAAGAUAUGUAUUCGCCCAGGGUGCAGCAAGUACACGUCAAUUGGUGUAGACGGCCCCACCAAGAAGAAGGCGGAGUUCUGCCCAAAGCACACUAGGGGAAGAAAGAAACGCCCUCGGGGGCGGCCGAGGAAGAAGUCGUAG